AUCACCUUCUUAUCUCUCCUGGUGGCUAGUAUUAUUUUAGAAUAACCGGCAGGUAGCUGUAUAUUGAUCAGUUUAUAAAUGUAUAAUUCUCUCCUUUUCCUUUUUUUUUUUUUGCCACAUCUGUCGACACCAAAACAAAUUAAAAAGUAGGGUGAGCUAUUGGGUAGUGGGAUUGUGCUGAAGAAAAAAAAAUCUUCUCAAAACCUGGGUUUGCCAUGUUUGAUUGCAUCCUUACAAAUAUAGACACAUGCAUACAGAGAGACUGGAAAGAGAUAUAUCUGAAUAGUCGUGCAGAGUUGCUCAGACAAGCAAUCCAUGGCCUAGAUAGCGACUUGGAGAAUAAUCCAUCGUCAUCGUCAUCAUCUCUUCACGAGACUAAUUCUGCUUUUUUCCCACCAACUGAAUCAUCCCUUUCUCUCUCCCUUCCGCAUCUCUUCACAACAAAACUCUUCAGCUUAAUUAGUUCUGUCGUCAAUUAAGCAAGGUUUUGCACUUUUCCGGGCCCGCCUUCUUCCUAACUAGUGCCUUCCCAAAGUUGCAAGAACCCGAGUAGUAGGAUAUAGGAUUUCAAAGUUCAAACAAACAAAGACAUAUUAGAAUAUCGUAUCUCACUUUUUCUUCUUCUUGUUUUUCCCUGUUGGAGUUUUCUGCAAAGGCAAAAUGUUUCCUGCGGCGAUGUCCAAUUCUACUACUUGUUUGUCCGUAGAAUCCUCUGUCUCUUCUGCUACUAGACUUCAUGACCUCUCUGGAGUAAAUCCCGUACUCUCCACAAUUCCUCCUCAGCAGCCUGCAAAGAUCAAGAAGAAGAGAAGCCUCCCCGGAAACCCAGACCCCGAUGCAGAAGUGAUAGCCUUAUCCCCGAAGACUCUUCUGGCCACCAAUAGGUUUGUGUGUGAAAUCUGCAACAAGGGUUUCCAGAGAGACCAGAAUCUUCAACUUCACAGGAGAGGCCAUAACCUGCCGUGGAAACUGAAGCAAAGGAACAGCAAAGAGGUGAAAAAGAGAGCCUACGUUUGCCCAGAGCCUUCAUGCGUUCAUCACAACCCCUCGAGGGCUCUGGGGGAUCUUACUGGAAUUAAGAAACACUACUGCAGAAAACAUGGAGAGAAGAAGUGGAAAUGCGAGAAAUGCUCAAAGAUCUACGCGGUUCAGUCAGAUUGGAAAGCGCACUCUAAAACCUGUGGAACUAAAGAAUAUAGAUGUGACUGUGGAACUCUCUUCUCCAGGAAGGACAGCUUCAUAACUCAUAGAGCAUUCUGUGAUGCAUUGGCAGAAGAAAGUGCAAGACUCUCAGCAAAUCAACUAGCCUCGACCACCACGAACCCACUGUUCCAAUCUCUCUUCCUCUAUCCCAACCAACACAGCUUCCUCAAUAAUCAAUGGAACCCAUCUCAAGAAAACCCUAACCCUAGCAACGCUAUCCAAAUCAAGCCCGAAGCUCAACAUUUCCAGAUGCCUCCUUCGUUUCUUCAGGAACCUCCUCAUUCUCAUCACAAGAGCUCCAUGAUAAACACACCUUUUCGAAACCUCCACAUGGCGACGCAACCUUCCUCAAACUCUGCCACGUCAGCCCACCUUUCUGCCACCGCUCUCCUCCAAAAGGCUGCCACCGUCGGUGCCACCCAAAUCACGCCCCAACCAUCCCAGUCUCAGCCUCAUCACCUGACUCAUCAGCUCAGCGUGAGCGAGUUUGGAUCAGUGAAUCAGCUCGGGUCGGUGGUGCCUGACUACAUGAGAGGGUUCGCGACUCGGAAUCUUAAGAAUGAGCAUCUAACGAGGGAUUUCCUGGGUCUCACCGACGACGCCCACAACGGAGGAGACGGAGAGAACGGCGGAGCGGUCAACCUGAAGGAUAUCAUGACGUUCACGGGGGAUGUGUACGAGCACCACCAUCACCACUCGCUCUUCAAGUACCGACAAGGUUUCGGAUUCGUUGGGACUUCCAAUGCCCCCGAGACGUGGACCAAUUAUUAAGCCCAACAAGAGAAAUACUUCCAAAUGGCAAGGGUAAAAUGGGCGAGAAGAUUUCUCCAUUAUAAUUUAUGUAUGCUAGGAUGGGAGUCAGACGUUUGAUAUCAAGUUGUGCAGUGAAAAGAUGGUGUGUGGAGAAGUUUUUCAAAAAAUAAAAUAAUUAACUAUAUAUAAAUUAAUCGAAUUCCAAAGAAAGAAAGAAAGAAAGAAAAUUCCUCGCUCGCCAUCUUUUGACUGGGGAACCUGUAGCAAACGUCUAAAAGUAUAAUUAGGCUUUGUUCAUGAACGUGCAGGUCAGUUAGGUUUGGUUUUCCUUUUGGCUUUUCCCUUUCUUUUCUAGAACUACGACACCGUUAUAUUCAGAUGUUUGUUACCAUUCAUCGAUUUCUCAAAGAUAGAACUAGUUCUAUAAUUUUGUUUCGUCACCCAAACUGUAAUUUUAUUUCGUUGCCAGAACUAUAUACACACACAGAGAUAUAGAGAGGAACUAGAGGAGGAGACUGUGUGCAUGUGUGUGUGGUGGAAUUGCAAACAGAGAGAUAUAGAGUCAAGAGGUGGGGAGGAUGGUGGCUUUACCUUGCCAGUAAGGCAACAGAGAAAAUGUCACAUGCAAAAUUAUAAUCACUUAUCCUUUAUUGCUAUCGCCA